AUGGACAUCGAGGAAUUCCGCAUAAGGGGGAAGGAAAUGGUGGAGUAUAUCUGUGACUUUAUGAGCAACAUUCACAAGAGACGAGUGACUCCCGACGUUGGUCCAGGAUAUCUUCGACCACUGCUUCCUUCUCAACCCCCAGAUGAGCCAGAAUCAUGGGAAGACAUCAUGAGGGAUGUGGAAUCGAAAAUCAUGCCAGGGAUUACGCAUUGGCAACAUCCCAGGUUCCAUGCAUACUUCCCUGCAGGGAAUUCCUUCCCGUCCAUUCUGGGUGACAUGCUAGCGGAUGGGAUUGGAUGCAUUGGAUUCUCCUGGGCUGCGAGUCCAGCCUGUACGGAGCUAGAAACGAUUGUCUGCGAUUGGUUCGGAAAAGCCAUCGGGCUGCCGAAGAGCUUCCUCUACUUCAAUGAAGGCAGCAAGGGUGGCGGCGUGAUUCAGGGCUCGGCAUCGGAGUGCAUUUUGGUCUGCAUGUUAGCUGCUCGAGCACAAGCUAUAGCAAGGUUGAAGGAAUCUCCAGCACACUCUCACCUCGAUGAAACGGCUCUUCUUGGGAAGUUAAUGGCAUAUUGCAGUCGGGAGAGCCAUAGCUGUGUGGAAAAGGACGCCAUGAUCUGCUUCGUCAAGCUCCGAAUCUUGGAACCCGACGAGAAGAGUGUGUUGCGUGGAGAAACCCUGCAACAGGCCAUCGAGGCGGACGUUGCCGAAGGAUACGUGCCCUUUUUCGUGGCCACCACUCUUGGCACGACUGCUUGCUGUUCUUUCGAUAACUUGAAAGAACUCGGGCCAGUGUGCAAGAAAUAUCCUGGAGUCUGGCUGCACGUGGACGCAGCUUAUGCAGGGAAUGCAUUUAUCUGUCCGGAAUUGAAAUACUUGAUGGCCGGAAUUGAAUACGCGGACUCGUUCAACACGAACACGAACAAGUUCUUGUUGACGAAUUUCGAUUGUUCGUGCUUGUGGGUUAAAGACAGGUUCAAGUUGACGAGUGCACUCGUGGUAGACCCUUUGUACCUGCAGCACACCCAUGCCGAUACGGCAAUUGAUUACAGACAUUGGAGUAUACCGCUGAGCCGAAGAUUUCGGUCUCUGAAAUUAUGGUUCGUUCUGAGAAGCUACGGAAUAUCCGGACUCCAGGAAUAUAUUCGAAAUCACGUCGAACUCGCCAAAAGAUUCGAAUCUCUGGUGAGGAAGGACUCCAGGUUCGAGAUUUGCAACGAUGUCGUGCUAGGGCUGGUCUGUUUCCGCGCAAAGGGCAGCGAUAAGCUGAACCAGAAGCUCCUAAGUGCGAUAAAUGACUCCGGAAAAAUUCACAUGGUUCCCGCAAAAGUGAACCAAAGAUACACCAUCCGCUUUGCUCUAGCAGCACCCAACGCAGCAGCCGAGGACGUUGACAUUGCUUGGAGCAUCAUCACGGACUUCCUGGCAGAAUUACUGGAGUCCAAGGAUGUCAUGGACGAGCUGGCGGACAUUCGGGAGAAAAAGAGGAAAGCGACCCUGGAGAAAAGGAGAUCAUUCUUCGUGCGCAUGGUGUCGGAUCCUGCGAUUCAGCCAGGAUUUACCAAGACACCGAACAGACCAGCAAAGCUGGACACCCAGGCGACCAUCGGUGGAAUUGGAUCCAAUCCUCAGACAAACUCAGGCUGGAUGGAUUUCAGACGUUCCUGGAUAUCCUGGCCACUGGCUUAUUUGAUGCAAGCAAAGGAUGCCGACACCGGCGAGCUUUCUCUGAGGUUUCGACAUCUCGAUACAAUGGUGAGAUUAAAGACUGGCGGAGCAGGAAGUCGACGAGGUAGCAGCAAUGGCUGCAGUCCGGAACCAUCGCCAUCCGUCUCACCAUCUCGAGGAAGAUCACCAAAUGGGAGGACGUAAUAGACCUCAGCUUCCGACUUUCGCAUCCCACGGGAUUUCAAGAAAAGACUCCGUUUCAAUGCUCGACGACUCGUCACCGGAUCCGCAAUUUCUUCGUCGAAGACGAGAAUCGUCAACGCCAGGAGACAUCGUCUCGUGGAGGAGACGAAUGAUCCUGGUGUCUUGA